AGAUUUCCUGUUUCAGAGCAAAGCGAGCAGAAUCCAGUGGGUGAGUCAACCCGCUAAGUUCAGUGUUCACUCUCACACACUUCACACACACACAAAGAGAGAGAAGGACAGAGCUGUUCAUCUCCGGGGCCCCACAGCUGGAGCAGAGAGACGCACAGAGGACACUUCUUUGCAGCUCGGGGACACUUUGAACUUCAUGAAUGUGAGACACGGCCAGAGGAAAGUGCGCUAAUGGAGUAUGCUGGCUUUUCUGUGCUCUGGUGGCUCGUUGUCUUCAUGUCUCCAUUCGCACUGGAGAGGAGCGCAGUGGGUGGGAUGGUCCCUGGCAGGAUUAAGCUAAACAAACUGUGUAAGUUCUGCGAUGUGCAGCUAUCCACCUGUGAUGGCUCUGGUAUAUGUCAGUUCAACUGCAGCAUUACCUCGAUCUGUGAAAAAAGCGAUGAAGUCUGUGUGGCAAUCUGGAGGAAGAAUGAGGAGAACAACACAGUCGAGACAGUGUGUCACUCUCCAACACAACCUCUGUAUGGCAUGUUUCUGAAGGACUACAACAGCACCAGAUGUGAGAUGAAGGAACAAAAGACAGACAGCGGUCUGCUCUACAUCUGUUCUUGUGAUGAGGAUGAAUGCAAUGAGAAGCUAUUUUUUCCUGACAGUGCUGAAAGGAAAUGUUGUGAGGAGUCAUCAACUGAAAACAGCCCAGACACGACAAACCAUCAGGUGGUGUUGGUAAUCUUGGGCAGCCUGCUGCCUCUGUUGGUUCUGGCUGUGGUGGUCAUAGCUUCCUUCUACUGGUACCGCAUCUACCGACGCCGAAAGCUCAGUGAGUGGGAGACCAAGAAGCCUUCAAAACGCAAAGGUCCACUAGACUGCAGCGAUGCAUGUGCCAUCAUGAUGGAUGAUGAUCGCUCAGACAGCAGCUCCACGCAUGCCAACAGCCUCAACCAUAACACAGAACCACUGCCUAUCGAGCUGGACAUGCAGGUGGGUAAGGGUCGUUUUGCAGAGGUCUACCGGGCCAAGCUGAGGCAGAGCUCAUCACAGCAGUUCGAGACAGUAGCUGUGAAGAUCUUCCCAUGUGAAGAGUAUGCCUCGUGGAAGAACGAGAAAGAUGUCUUCUCUGACAUUGACCUGAAGCAUGAGAAUGUGCUGCACUUCCUCACCGCUGAAGAAAGGAAGGUCGAGAGGCAGUUCUGGUUAAUCACAGCCUACCACUCUCGUGGGAAUCUGCAGGACUACCUUACUCGGCACCUGAUAAGCUGGGAGGACCUGCGGAGGCUUGGUGGCUCACUGGCUCGGGGCAUUGCUCAUCUACAUAGCGAGCGCACACCCUGCGGAAGGCCCAAAGUGCCCAUCGUCCACCGAGAUAUCAAGAGCUCCAACAUCCUGGUAAAGAAUGACCUCACAUGUUGCCUGUGUGACUUCGGCCUGGCUUUACGAUUGGAUAAUUCCUUGUCUGUGGACGACCUGGCUAAUAGUGGACAGGUUGGAACAGCGAGGUACAUGGCGCCAGAGGUUCUCGAGUCCAGAAUCAAUCUGGAGAACAUUGAGUCCUUUAAACAGACUGAUGUCUACUCCAUGGCUCUAGUGCUGUGGGAGAUCACUUCCAGGUGUAACGCCAUUGGAGAGGUAAAAGAUUAUGAACCUCCAUUUGGCUCGAAAGUGCGAGAGCACCCCUGUGUGGAGAGCAUGAAGGACAAUGUGCUCCGAGACCGGGGCCGGCCUGAGAUUUCUAGCAACUGGACAAAGCAUCCGGGUGUGGCUUUGGUUUGCGCCACCAUCAACGAAUGCUGGGACCAGGACCCUGAGGCUCGGCUCACGGCGCAGUGUGUGGCUGAGCGCUUCAGGGAGAUGAACGAUGAUCUGGAUAAGCUGUCAACCCGCAGCAACUCUGAGGAGAAGAUUCCAGAGGACUGCUCUGUAAGCGUCAGUGACGACAAGUGAAAUAGUAGGAGAGAGAGAGCUAGAGCCCAUUUACUGUCACUCUGGACUGGGAGAGUGUUAUCUGUGCUCACAUCAUAUGAUCAACAAAGAAAAACAGCUCCCUCCAAACAGUGGAAACUGGAAUACAUUCAGUGUGUGAUAAAUGAUGUGUGCUUGUGUGUGCGGGUGUGUAUCAGAGGCCUCGAGGCACAGGCCACAGGGAAAUGAAGUAGCUUUAAGCUUUAGAUGUGUCUCAUAACCAAAGAGUUAAUGCACUUUAUCAGAUUGUCUAUGCAUAUAUAACAGUAAAGAAGCACUGGCGGCUUUAUUGCAAGAGGACGUGGCUGGUGCUUCACUCCUCACAGCUCACCGGAGCUCAAACAUUAACUGAGCAGGUAUUCAUAAGAGAUUUUAUGACAUGUACAGUUUGAUUUAGCACUGUCUGUGUUCAUGAAAAGGUGUGUGUGUGUGUGUGUGUGUGUGUGUGCGCGCGCGCACAUGUGUGUGUGUGUCUAUGAAUGUGUGGAAGCAUGUUCAAUUCCAUGUGCGUAAAUGAAUGUGAUGUGUUUGGCAUUGCUUUAACAAAGAUUUUUUUAUUAUUAUUAUGAUUUUACUCAUUUGCCAAAGAAACAAAGCACAGUGUAAAUAUGAGUAUUGAAUGAAAAAUCAUAUUACAGCAUUGGAAAGGCAAAUAUAAAGGGAAUAAGACUCUGCUCUGGCACCAAGAAGUAUUUUCAUAAAGCAUUUCCAGAGGUGUAGCUUUAUAAAUAAUCAGGUAAACAGCUCAAUGUGCCUUUGUCUUUGUUUUUAUAAGCAAUAUAUUGUAAAUCUUUUAUGAUUAAAUAAAUUUGUUUACAAUG